AUGGAACAAGCAAAAGAAGAUACUCCGUCAAAAGGACAACGUAGCGCUGAAAAAACAGUUUCUGGAGAAAUAAAAAUAACAGGAAGUGGUGGUAAUAUUGAUGAUACUAUCGAAUAUAUCGACUCAAUGGAUGAUGCUAGUCUCGGGAAUGCUGUGACAGGUGGACGAAUUUCAAAAAUGUAUCCCAGAGAUGAACUGAUUAAUUACAAAAGACGUAUCGAUGCAAACACGGAACAACAACGUGAACAUGCUGAUAUAAUGGCGGCAUUGCAACGUAAAAUUGAACGUUAUCGGCAACGUUUUGAGGAAAUUGAAGGAAGAUUAACGGUACAUGAUUGGAAUGAUUCAGGUGAUUUCACGGAUAUGAAAUUAAAAGAGGAAUGGUUGCUUAGUCCAAGAUUUAAAAUGCAAGAUAUUGGUGAUGUUGAAUUUGCAAGUCAAUUAGAGGAUGAACGUAGGAGAACGGAUGACUUGGCUUUGCAAUUACAACAGGAACGUUUUCAAAAUGAUCAAUUACAAGGCGAGAUUCAGCGUUUACGCCAACAAUUUGAAAUUAAUAUCCGUGAUAAGGAAAGAGUUUAUCAAACUCGAGAACGAAAUCUUACACGGUAUUUAAGCGAUGAACAGCGUAAAAUGAUGGAAUUAUGGUCGGAGUUACAACGCGUACGUAAACAAUGCUCGGAAUAUAGAGAACAAACGGAACGUGACCUAGAAAAUCAGCGUAAUGAAUUCAUCAAAGUAAUUCGACAUGUAAGCGGUCUUGUCCGAGGAUUAAAUGUUGAGAGCGGUACACAUACAUUACUGUCGGAUUUAUCAAGCGAAAGUGGAGUGGACAUCACACAAGAUACGAUACUUAUCGAAGCGGUCAAACGUUUCCACGAUUCACAACAACAACAACAACAACAGCAAGCAGUUCCGGUAAUUGGACCAGAAUUAAUUAAUGAGCUUCGGUUAGCUCGUUCCGAAGAUGCCGGUUUACAUGAUGAACUUAUGAGAAAAUAUGAGGAAAGUGCGAAGCGAAUCAUCGAAUUAGAAAGUCGUGAUGAUGAAAAUCAUAAUAAAUUAAUUGCUUUAGAAAGUGAUUUGAAACGUACACGUGAUCGUCUUGCUGAAAGCCAGAAUGCUCUUCGUAAAUUAUAUGAUAUGACGCAUGAAUAUGAAAUCAAUGCUGAAACAAAAGCAAGAGCUUCAUCACCAGCAAAAAGUUAUGUUCCACCACCUGAAGUUUUACGUAGCGUUCGUUACGUAUUAAACAGCCGUAUCAAUGAUAGUAACGUGUUACAACGUAAAUUAAAAAAUGCUGAUGCUCAGAUAAACGAGCUCACAAGCAAAUAUGAUUCACUUGAAGAAAUUCGUCGUCGUUUGGAAAAGCAAAUCGCUGAAUUAAAUCGAACAUUGAUAAAUAGGCAAAAGGAAUUAGAUGAUACAAAACAUACAAUGAAAAAUUUGGAAGAUUAUUUGAAAAAUACUGAACAAGAGAAAUCAUCCAUUGAGAGUAGACGACGUUUUCUUGAAGAUGAAAUUCAAAAGAUGCAAGAACAUUUCAAGACUACCUUGGCAGAUGUUGAGCGAAAAGCUAAUGACAAUGCCGAAGAGCGUAUUCGUAAAAUUGAAGAUGAAACUAAAAUAUCCACACACGAACUUACUGCACGUAUAGCAACACUUCAAGAGGAUAAUAAAAAAUUGAAAAGUGAAGCAGACGAAAUGAAUAAACGAAUUCAGAAAAUUGAUAAAGAAUACAAUAAUAUUGUCGAUGAGUUAAAUUCAAAAGAUUCGACUUUUGAAUCUGCAAGAAAAAUCCUUGAAAAUGAAUUAAACGAUAAGAGCGCACAACUAGAAGCAAUGAGCAAUGAAUUGAGUGAUUUGCAUAUAAAAUAUGAAAAUGCUAGAAAGAAUACAACAACUAUUGAAUUGCAAAUAAAAGAAAUGAAAGAGGAACGUAGUGGAAUUAUAAAAGAAAAGAAAACAUUGACCAAAGCGCUUAAUGAUUUAGAAAAUAAGCUAAAUGUUGAAGCAAAAACGCGUGAUGAUGCUGAAAAACUUAAUCAACGUCAUUUGAAUGAAAUCAAUAAUUUCAAGAAACAAAUCAAUGAAUAUAUUACUGAGGUGACAACCAUUCGUCGUCAAAAUGAUAAUUUUGAUACGCAAUUGAAAACAAAUCAAGCAAAAUUGAGUAGCACAGAGAAUUCUUUGAUUGCUGCAAGGAAAGAAAUUGAGAAAUUAUCAGAAAUGAAUAAUCGUUUACAGCAAGAUAAGAAUGAUCUUAGCGGUGCAAAACAAAAAGGUGAUACGGAAGUUAAUUUACUUCAUGAACGAAUACGUAAAUUGGAGCAAGAAAUGGAACAUAUCAGAAAAGAUAAUCAUGAAUUAGAAGAUAAUGAACGUAAAGCACGUGAUAAUUUGAAACAAGAAACAAAUCGUAAUCAUUUGCUAACAAAAGAACUUGAAGAAGCUCGUACUGAAAUUGUCACUUUAAAUGAUCGUUUAGCUAAAACGGAUGCAAAUUUCAAGGUGAAAUUAGAUGAAAGUAUUCGAACAAAUUUAGAUGAUCGUGAAACAGUAAAAUCACACGAGAGUAAAAGUGAAAAAAUUAUCAUAAAACAUGAAACAGAAAUCUACGAAAUUAACAAAUACAAAGCUGAAUUGGAGAAACUUGAAAGUGAUAAAGAUGAUUUGGAAAAACGUAUUAUUGAUUUACACGAUGAAAUUAAUGGAAAAGAUCAAGAUAAUGAUCGAUUGAGUGCUGAGAUUAAUCAGUUAAAACAAAAAUUACAAAUUGAAAAUGAAAAAGUACGAAAAGAAAUAACAACAGCACAAGAACGAUAUCAUAUUGAUUUGGAUCACGAAAAAGAUAAACAUCAAAAGAUGAUUGAUUCGAUGAAUGCUCUAAUAGAUGAGUUACGUGUUAAACUAAGUGAUACUGAACGUGAAAUGACUAAUUUAAAAAGUCAUGAUAGUAUGUUGGAACGUGAAAAUAAUGAUUGGAAGGAAAAAUUUGAUACAUUGAAUAUGGAAUUAGAUCGUUUACGUGAUGAAUUAUCAACUGUACGACGUGAUGCUGAAAAAGAAAUUAGUCAUUACAAGAAUGAUUUGCAAGCAACACGCGAUGAGAAUAAGUGGCUUAAUGUAAACAAUACGGAAAUGAAAUCACUACUUGCGUCUGCAGAUGAUAAGAUCAAUUCAUUGGAUAAAAUUAUCAGCGAUCAAAAGAAUAAAAUUCAUAAUUCAACAAAUGAAAUUCAUCGUUUGGAAGGUGAAAUUAAUGAUGCCAAAGAAAAUGUGGCAAAUUUGCAAUCAGAUUUAAGCGCUGCUCAGGGACAGAUUUAUUCAGCUGAGGAAGAAUAUAAUUCGCUUCAAAUGAAAUUUAAUAAAAUAAAAAGCGAAAUGAAUUUAUUACUUGCUGAAAAUCAUAAUUUUAAGAUUACUGAAGAGAAAUGUAAAACUGAAAUUGAAUAUCUAAAGCAGAAGCUUCAAGAUGCUCAAAAAUACGCUGAUAUUGUUGAGACACUCCGUCCUGAGCAUAAACGUCUUGAAAAUUUAUAUCGCGAAAAAGUGAAACAAGUUGAAAAUCAGACAGAAACAAUUCAAAAUUUAGAAUCACAAUUGAAUCAAACACGUGGUGAGCUUCAUGAUACAACUGAUAAGCUAUUAGCUAUUGAAAGUGAUCGUAAUAUACUUCGAAGUGAAAUUGAAAAAUUGCAACGUGAAGUGCAAUUUUUACGUGAACAAUUUAUUCGUAAAACGGAUGAAUAUCAGUUAGCAUUGAAUGAUCUUAUAAACGCUCAUCGUACCGCUGAAGAUGGACGUGUUAAUGCUAUACAAGAAUUAGAAGCUCGUAAAUAUGAAAUAAAUGAUUUACAAUCACGAUUUGAUAACGCAGAACAAUAUUUGAUAACAUUACAACAAAACUACGUGGGCGUGGAAAAUGAACGUGACGCGUUACAUGACGCCUUACGUCGUCUGCAUUCAAUAAUCGAUCGUACCCUUGUUAUCAAUCGAUUUUUAAUUGAUGGUGAAUCUGUUGGAGAAAGGAGAGAAACAGUACAAGAAACACAUAAAUCAUCUGAUGAAAAAAGUAAAGGAAAAUUUGAUGUUAACGAACUUGACGGAAAUAUACAAAAGUUAAUUGGACGUAUUGAAAAACUUGAAUUAGAACGGAAUGAAUAUCGUGAAGCUCUUGAUCGAAUUAAAAAGAAGGGUGUCGAUUCAACAGUUAAAAUUAGUAAACAAGAAACAAUAUUUCGAAAUAUCGAAGAUCAAUUAGUUGAUGUUGAAGAAGAGAGACGUACGUUGGAAAUGCGUUUAACAUCAGCUAAGCAACUUCUUCGCUCACAAGAGGAAGCUCUUAAACAACGUGAUGAAGAAAGACGUCAUAUGAAAUUAAAAAUAGCAAAAUUUGAAAUGGAAGCACGUGGAAAAGAAGCGCAAUUACGUCAGUUGAAUGACCUUGUUCGAACAUUACGUAAAGAUUUAGAAACAGCACAAAGUGAUUUAGAAGUGCUUCGUGAUCAUGAAGAACGCUGGUAUAUGCAUAAGUUUCAUCUGGAAAGUAAAUUAAAAGAUGAGGAAAAUGAAUCACAACAAAUUCGCUUAUUAUUAGCAAAUUUUGAAAGCGAACGAAAUUCUCUCAAUGAAAAAGUACGCGAUUUGAGCAGUCGGCUUCAGCUUAUCGAAAGUGUAAACAAUGAUAUGAAAGAUGAUAAUGAUCGUUUGAAAAAAGAUUUAAUUAGAGCAACGACAAAUGAAACAGAACUUCGACGAACUAUCGAUCAACAUUCACGUGUUAACAGUGAUAAUCAAAUUUUAAAAGAUCAACUUGAAAAUGCUCAAAAUGAUUUAUCAAAUGCAAAUAAUCGACGGCAGCAACUUGAGAAUGAGCUACUGAUAGUGCGAUCCGAAUUACGAGAUAUGAAACAACGCUUUACUGAUAACGGAAGUCACAUAAUGGAUCUUCAACGACAUUUAACUGAUGCUAAAAAUGACAAUAAACGUCUUGAAAAGCAAUUAAAUAGCUUAGAAAAUUCAAUAUCACAGCAGCGAAUAACUGAAAAUCGAAUUCGACAGCAAUUAUCACAAGCAUUAGAUGAACGUAAUACGUUAGAAAAUGACUUACGUGAUGUUAAACGACGUUUACCACGAAUUGAAUCAGAAAAGAAAUUGAUUAGCGACAAAUAUGAUGAAUUAGAGAAAAAUUAUCAGUCAUUAAUUAAACGUGUUGAAAUUCUUGAUGAGGAGAAACGAGCAGCGGAAAAUAUCCUUCAUGAAGUAUCAUUACAACGUGAAGCAAUUGAAAAUUCAUUGAGUGCAUUGGAACGAGAAAAUAAAGAAUUACAUCGUAAUUGCGCACAAUUACAACAACAAAUUGCGCAACUUGAAUUAGAAAAUGGCAAUCGUCUGGUGCUACUUACAAAUAAGCAACGUGAAGAACACGACAAAUUUGUACAAAAUAUGAGAACUGAGAAAUUACAGAUUGAACGAAUAAUUGAAAAUCGUGAACGUUCACUGAAGAGUCGAAUUAAUCAGCUAGAAAAUCAACUAAACAUUAUGCGUGAUCAGUUGACAAGUGAACGUCGUCGACGUCGUGAAAUUAGUGAAAAAAUAAUAAGCGGUGAAAUCAAUCGAUUGAAUGUAAGCUUUUCGGGAACAACAGAAGGAUAUGAUUUGUAUGAUCGAACAAUAAAUUCAUAUAGUACAUACUUUGGUACACCGUCAUUUACUGCUCACUCAUCCAGUUUUGAUGCAAAUAUUCCGGAUGAUUCAAAAAUUGUCUUAAAACAUUCCGAUCGACAUGAAAAUGCUUAUGCAUACGGUAGCGGAAAUCGUACUUCCGGUACUGCAAUAACAUUAACUACCGGAAGCAGCUCAUAUCAUAGCGAACGAAGUGAUGGUGAUAUGAUCUCCGCUCAUACAGCAAAGGACAGUGAGGGGGGAGGAAAUGAUUCCGGUAAGAGUAUGAAACAGAUGGAUGGUGAAGGUGGUACAUUUACGUUGAGUGAAGUUGACCAGGGUGCGACAUUUGAGCAACAGCAGCAGGUUCAUGAUGCUCCCCAACAACAAACUGAUAAACAAAGAAGAAGAAAAAGACAGUAA